AUGGCGAGCGCAACUGUCCAAAACAUAACGGCAGUACCCUCGUUGUCGACGAAAAACUCAAAUGGUAUUCUCGUUCGGCCAGGUGUUUCCAGCACGGUGUGGGAUCCCGUGAACGGUUAUGUUGAUGGCACAGGAUCCUUCGCCCCGGUCACGUUUCGAAUCCCCGGACUCGUAACACAGCCGUAUUCUCUAUCAAUGACCGCCAAUAUUGCGGUCGUCCUCACCGCUCAUUAUUCGGGUACAUCUUUCGACUUAGAGGGAUCCGUGAUUCUGCCUAAUGGGAAUGAGUUGAAGGUCCUCACCAGUAUUGGGCGCAAUGUGCCAACACCCUUGCCUAAUCCACCGGCACCAGUAGCUAUGCAAAUCUCCAACUUCCAGUUUCACGACGAUCUUCACCUAGAAAACAGUUGCCCAGUCCCAUUCCGAGUCGCUGGUGACUUUAUCUGGAGGCUUACCUUCCUGGGUCUCCCAGCUAUCACUGUUGUACGACCCACGCGUUUGGAAAUCUGCUUCGCAAGAGCCGCGGCUCCCAUCGGCCCAGCAUACACUGGAAAUCCUGCCUUGACAAAGACAAGAGUCAAUCUGAAUGGUAUUUAUCCUAUCGGCCUCGUGCGUCUUUUCUUUCCUGCACCCACGGAAUUCGCAGCUAUUGCAAACUUCAACAAUCCUUCUGUGUAUGGGCCUUUCUUCGCCGCGAGAGUCGUCGAUCAGGUCUGGAAGUGGGGGAAUCCGCAGGGACCAGGAAGGCCGCAGUAUGAUGCAAGGGGUGGAGCAAGCUAUUACAACGUCGGCGGCUUUGGUGGUGGAUUCAACUUGCAGGACUGGCUUGCUGUCACGUAUAGGGCAUGCAACUGCUACGAUCUCGCGGGCAUUGUCCAACUUGGCUGUUGCCUCUUGCUCUCUAGUAUCGCCGAUGAGCUGUUGGACUCUAGGUGGGUAUUCCAGAACCCCAAUGGCUUUGUAAGACCGUGUAUACUCUAUGGAUGGGGUCAGACUUAUCCUUCGCCCCCGGGAGUAAACAACCCUUUCUUUCUCAACGCUAAUGGCACACCCGGUCGUCAACCAUUCGGCAACCACGCAUGGGUUGAAGUGCUUCACGACCCGGAUAACACCAACUAUCGAACCGUCCUCGAUGCGACCACAGCAGUUGCUACUGGCGCAUACGCGUGGCCUGACAACGGAAGUCGAAGCCGUGUUCAGUACGCCACCGCACAUAUUGAUGCAGCAGCCGAUCCGACGGGUGGGAAAACUGGGAAUCUGGUUGACAGAAAAGUGGUCGGACCCUCCACUGGAGAUUGUUACACGAAUUAUUCCUACUACACCAGUUCCACUACCUAUCCUGUGGGAGCUUUGGGCCGUAUCGGAGUGUUUAACGCAAGUGGAAUUACACCUCCAACCUUGCUUGAGCAUUUGAGCAGUGUGCCACAAGUCGAUAAGAUCAUGUCCGAGAUUGAGAUGCUACUGUCGAAGGGUCAGAAUCCGGCGAACACAAUAAGCAUGUUCAAUGCUGCCUCGAUGAAGAGUGACCAACUAGUCGAACUCAUUACUAGAGACUCAAGUGUGUUGAAAUUUAGCAACUAUCAAGUCAGAGUCGCUGAAGGCGUAACGGUGCUAAGGAUAAUGUUUGAUGGCGCACCGUACACCGGGGCCAUCUCCGCGGUUGUGGCAAUUGAGAUUCAUGUUUUCAACACCUUUCGAUCUGCUCGCCUUGCACUUAUCCAUGCAUUGAGCUCCUUCACACCACCCGGACGUCUCUCGGAACACUUUCGGGCUCUGUCGACGCCUCUUGCCGAGACUGCACUCCUUGACACCGACGGUCAGAAUCUGCUCUUCCUUCGCGGUAACUCCUUUUGCCACAUCCGACUUGUGCCAGAGCAGCUCGUCGCACCUGAUCCAGCGAAGAUCCAUCCGCUUGAACCGCUAGCUCAGCGCCUCGAUCAGCAUCUUGCAGACAAUAAUGUUCCUCAGGGCAGCGAGGAUGUUCCUUCUAUCAUCCUCAAGUCACCGAUUCCCACGACUGUGAGAGUAGGUGAUGAUAUUGUGUUAGAGACACAACAGGACUAUGCAGCUAUUGAAGGGAGCAGCAGUAAUGGAUCGAUCGUUGUUUGUGCUGGCCGAAAGAAUGGGGUCAAUUUUGGGAUUGAGUUCUUCGCUCUGGCCGAAGGUGAGGUAGAGCUCACUUUGAAUGUUGCCCAUGAAAAUACUCUAUUACCAGCGAACAUGUCUUGGAAAGUCAAUGUUUCAUCAGCCUAGGAAUGAAGCUCUGCGUUCGAGUUCAUUUGAUCAUAAUUGAGCGGUUUUCGCCACAGGAGUUUUCAGAAUCUCGAACCUUGCUUUAUAGCAGAUUAACAGGCUAAAUAAGUUUCUCAAUACCGACACAUCGUAGUAUAAGAAGGUGUUUAUAGCAGUUGUAGCCCUUUGGCAAGAAGAGUUCAGAAGAUGGGUCAUCAGGACGGAUUAUAGUUUGGUAUCUGGUAGAUGUUCCCUACAGUGGACUCACUAGUAUUGGAGAGUUUUUUGGACUACGUUAUGGGAUGUGAUGCUUGCUUUUCCCCAGAUCUAGCGCUGCGAUUUGGGACGUAACACCGAAUUCUAAGGCUAUCGGCGAGAGCCGCGGUGCAGCAGGCACGUAGGUCUUGUCGCCUAGGAUAAGUAGGACGAAUUCUUGCCAUAAGAAGAUACCAUGGCAGCCUUCAACAUUUAUAAGUAGCAUCAAGCUCGUUAGAGUAGUUGCAAUGUAAUCGCCUAGC